AAUUCUCAGAAUCCCAAAAUGCUACUGAUAUUAAUUUUUCUAAGAAUCAUAAAGAUAAAGUAAACUUGAUUAAUACUUUUUUGAUUCUAUCCAGUUUUCCAAUUACUAUUCUAUUAAUCUUUUCUUCAUCUUCUGAAGUUAAUACUUUAUUUAUAUCAACUCCCUUUGAGGAGUUGAAAUAUUAUACGUCUCAACUUAAAGCCCAAUUAGGUUGUUCUUCUAAUACUUCAAUUUAUUAUAAAGUAUUUAUCCCUGAUAGUGUAGUACUACCUUCAAAUAAAACUUCAGAUAGUAAUAAGAUUAGUCUAAUUGCCUCUUUUUAUACUCAACAGGAUUCUUUAAGAACUAUUAACUAUAAUAAUAAGAUAGUAUCUUCUUUUAUUAAAGGCCCUGGUGAUAGUCCUCCAACAAUAAUUCUUGAGUCUAAUUCAGAUAAAUCUA